AUGAUGCGUUACGCCACUGUUCUAGUUGAUGGCUACACAGUUCCACGUCAAGAUUGGUUUUUACAAGAAACCGGUCGUUCUGGUUUGUCAGAACUGCGCAUCCACAUGCCUGAACGCCCUACAGGACGAUGCUGGAUCGAGCUGGAAACCAUGCAUCACGGUCGUAUCCGUUGUCCUCAGGAAUUCCAAUAUACGGCUGCCUCGGCGCAAACAGAAGCUCCAGUCUCCAGUUUGUCUACAACGGAGGCUAACGCGCCAUCAACUGAGGGUCAGCAACGCCCACUGAGUCGAAUGGGGUCACAGCGAAGCAGUUUGCUGGUUCGUGAUCGACGUAGUGUGCGUCGCACACGGCCACCGACUGCCGAAACCGCCCUCACAGAGACAAAUGUUGAGGCGGAAGCAAGUAGGUCACCUUCGGAUGAAAUAACAAUGACGAAAUCAUCAACUCCGGUUACAGCGAACGCAUCGAUCACGUCGGAAUCCAAAUCUGAUGCCCCGACACCAUUUAUCCGACGCGGGUCCAAUCGCAGUUCUUUAUCUGUGGUUGAUCGACGUAGUACUCGACGGCUUAAUCCAACUAAUAAACCAAUCUUACCAAACAAAGAUUCGAUAGGUUUGACAGAAUCGGAUAAAGUUCAGUCACACUCUCCUGUGAUGGACAAGCCUGCUACGAAUGGUUUUUCAACCUCUUCUCCGUACGAUCCUACGGAAGAUGUUGAUAGUGGCUCAGCUACACUUACGCGUUCCGGUUCGCAGCGAAGCAGUCUACGCGUAUCUGAUCGCCGCAGUCAGCGUCAUAGUAGGGAACAGCGGGCACAAUUGUUGAGCAAACUGCAAGAUGGAGAGAUAACAAAAUCGUCCGAGCCUGAACCCAGCAAACCUACCGUAACUGUGAUGCAUUCCGAGCCGGAAGCCAGUUUGUCUGUCCCUGAUUCUUUUGUCAGUAAACAGCUAACUCCAGUCUUCGAAGACCCCGAGACUCCAAACACUCCGAAACAAUUCUCGAUGCAAUACGAGAUGGAUACGUCGGAUAGUACCAAACCUAUACCGUAUACAGCCGAUUCAGAAAUCACCACUCAAAUUCCUUUUAUGCGAACAAAGCGCGUACUUCCGAACACGGACGUGCACGGUGAUGUGCCUGCAGAGAAACAAGCUCGUGAGGAGGAGAUGUCUUUAUGUGCAGGAAACUCUCCUAGUGGAGAACAGAAUGAGGUGUUCCCGUCGCUUAAUGCACCGAAGAGUGCAUCUAAUCCACAUCAGAAUAGCAUUGACUCUCCGAAAACGGAGUUUGAUCAGGUUCCUCAGCCACAAGUUUCCGCGACCUUCUUGGCUUCUGGAAUGAGUCAUGCAAGUGACAACUUAGACUCUGCAAAUCAUACGCCAACCAAUAUUGAAAGUGAGUCGUUCCCGUGGAAUUCUCCGGAGUUGAAAUCAACGCGAAAUCAGGACAUGCCAAUCACUGAAAAUUAUCGUGAUGUAAAGCCACCUGAAUCAUUCCAGCAGUCAAAUAAAACUGAUCUCACGGAAUCUAAUCCGAUCGCGGCACAUUUUCCGACCUGUUCUCCCCACGGAUCCACUUUAAACGGCUACCAGAUCGAUCCACGUAGUUCAACUAAAUCAGAAAGCCUGUUCAGUUUGAACUCCCUUGAGCAGGGUCCCAAACCGAUCGCGUCCAAAUCACCUUCGUUGAUUCGAGCCAGUCAUUCGCACGAAUCUGAAAUGCAGUCCGACUCAACACCACCUCAUUCGGACGAUGAGAUUCCGUUUGACAUGGAACGUUCUCAGCCGGACGACGAGGAUGAUGCAGCGGAAAUGGAGGAGCUAUCAGAUGAGGAAGUGGACCAGGAAGUGGAGGAGGAAGUACACGAAAUGAUGGAACGUGCGAGUCCAGGCUUUCAAACAUGUUCUGGUAUUGAGAGCAUGAAGGAAAACGCCAGUCCAUUUAUCCGCACCGGCUCUCAGCGGAGCAGCAUGCGUGUUCUGGACCGACGGAGCACCCGACGUCGACCCCCAGGCCUCUUACCAAAUGUCCCAGCAAUCCCCAAGGAUGUCUUGCCCAAGCAACCGGAUAGUCCACAAUUGUCAGACGAGAGUCCAAUUGAACGGUAUGAAGCUAGCGGAGAGGCCGGUAGCGAGUCGAAUUUAUCCGCCGAGAAUUCACCUCUAGAUGGAUUUCAAGGUUACAGUGCCCGGCGGCGGAACUCUCACCGAAGCGAAGCUUCUGGGCAGUCACGCAUAUUGAAGCGAUGCUACCCGAUGAUCACCUACUUAAACAAGCAUGGUCGAAAAUUUCUCACACACAACUAUCGAACUGAUGGAAAACGUCACUUGUGA